AUGUUCAAAAAUCACUAUCAGGGUGGUGCGUUUGUUGAAAUAUUCAGUGCUCAAGGCAAGAACCCCGGUGCACAGUGGAAGAUUUCUGGCAAUCCAUCAGCUAUAUGGAAAGAGUAUGAUAAGGAGGUAAAAGGCUUUGUUUUUGUGCUUGAAGGAAGCAGUCAAAUUAACAAAAUGCAGCUACCAAAGGAAGCUAGGCAAACUCUUGGACUGAUCCAGCAGUUUCUGACACUUCAGAUUUUUGUGCCAUUGGGACAAGACUUCUCCACUGAGUUACUGUUCAUGUGACACUCUCUCCUUGAUAGAAUCCAUAGAGAACGUCUCCUUGGAAGAGUCUCAACUUAUCUUCUAGAGC